GGGCGCAGCGCAGCGCGCCAUGCUGAUUACGCUCUGCUACCUCUACCUAUGGGCGCGCUGGAGGCCCUGCUCGGCCGCGGUCAUCCGCCGCACUAUGCGCCGCCUCCACCGCUCCCGCUGCUCCUUCACCUUCUGCUGCUGCGCCGGCCCACCGGCGCCCCCGGCUCGGCAGCCGCGCUGGCAGGUGCCGCCCGAGGAGCGAGUCUGCCUCAGGAUAGGGAACAAAGUCUUUUUCACGGACGAGACGCAGUUUCUUGAUGACUUAAACAGAUGGAGUCUACUUCUUAUUUCUCCUUUUAUUUAUCCUGAUAAGUUGUUUAAAGAAGAACAUAUAGCUUUUGUGACAGAAAGCACUUCAGCUCAGACAGAUAACUUGCAGAAGGUACCUGGCUCUUCAAAAGGGAUUGUGAAGUGGUCAGACUAUUGUUCACCGUUGGCCUAUAAACCUGGUGAGCCUUAUAAGUUAAUUGCUGUAGCAAGUGUAGAUAAUUUCAGUAACCUUGGAAUAGCGUUCAUGGAAGACAGGCUUCAAAUGGAUAACGGAAUGGUGCCACACAAGAUUGUUUCUGUCCAUUUACAGGAAUCUACUCUGAAGGAGUUGGCGCAAGUGACACCAUCUGUAAAAGAGCAAAUUGUAAGCAGUACACAAAUGGAUGAAGUGACUCCUGCUGCUACUUUUGGGACAACUGUUAAAUCAGGAUUAGAAGUAGCUGAGUCUGCAGGACAAAGUGAAGAGGAGAAAUCCAAGCUAGAGAAAGAAAGUGAGCAUGAAGAUGAAUCCAGCAGUCUAUCUGACAAAGAGAGAGGUGCUGCAGACCAUCAUCACUUGCAUCUUUCCAGCUGUCGUGAAUGCCUGCAACUUGAAAACAGUACUAUUGAAUCUGUCAGAUUUGCCUCUGCAGAAAACAUUCCAGAACUUUCUGGUGAUUACAGUAGCAAACUGGAAGAGAAGAAUGAUGACUGUCUAGCAAGUGGAGUAAAGAGAGUAAACCUUGCUGGAAAGCCCCCUAAUGUAUUGAUUUAUCUUGGUUCUGAAACUGCAAAAGUGGAAUUUGAGCAGGUAAAAUCAGUCCUUCAGGAAUGCAUUGACGCAGACAGAUACACCAUCUACCAGCUGCGUGAGGAACAAGUUCUGAAAGCUCCAUGGAUUGAUAAUUCACGGCUGUUGAUCAUUGCCACAGAGAAGCCUAUUUCUGAGGAGAACCACAAACAAUUUAUGAAGUUUUUAUCUGCAGGUGGAAAGAUUCUAGGGUUUUCUUCAUCUUUUACUUUUGAUGGCAUAGAAAUAAAGAGAAAAAACAAACUGAGGAAGACUGUGCAUGAAUUAAUGUUCUCUAAAAUGGACAGCACUGAAAUUAAGUUAAAUCUUUUGGUCAGUGGCUGUAUUUUUGAGGAAGUGACGAAGGAAGAUACCAGCAAAGUGAAGAUACUGAGUCGAUUAAAUAAUACUGAUAAAGAUACAGUUAUGGUUCAUCUGACUUAUGGAGACAGUGGAGGAGAAGCCAUUCUUUCUCAGGUACACUUGGAACUGGAUAUCAAUUCUAUGGAUGUCCAAACUGAAGAUGAUUUUAAUUUGCUUAAGAUAAGCAAUAGCAAGAGAUAUGAAGUUCUCAAGGAGAUCCUGAUGUCACUUGGCCUGAGUUGUGAAUUAAGUGAAAUUCCUAUGUUAACACCUAUUUAUCUUCUCUCUUCUGACGAGGAAAUCCAUCUUGCUUUUCUGAAGUGGCUCGAGGGAAAUGUAGAUGCUGAAGGAUUAAGAGCAUCCAGCAAGGUGUCUCUUAAAUUUGUUUCAUCCUAUGAAUCAAAAAUGGAGAUAACUCCCUCUAUCAUGCCAGUCAUCACUGACAUGGGACAGUUCUCAUCAGAACAUUUCAACCUGAAGACAUAUCAACAGAAUCUUCAAACAAAGAAGCUAGGAAAGAUUCUUCUUUUUACUGAAGUUACCACAACAACAAUGAAUCUUCUAGAUGGGUUUCAAAAUACAUUAGCCAUCUCUCCAUCUUAUGCAGUGGCUCAUACCCACCUCGUUACAAGAAAGAUUUUUCUUCUUCAGAUUCAGCCCAUCCAUAAUCAUGAGUGUAUAACUGUUUCAGUCUUUUGUCAAAACCUAUUGACUAGAACCUGUUUCCCUCCUGAAAUUUCUCCUCUUCUCUGUACUGCUUCUCUUCUGCCAGACCAUAAUCGGUGAGUAUGAUCUACAGUGGAAAAGAAAUUCAAUUCUGCUUGUUCACCUCUAUCAACUGAAAAUUUUGUCACAAGAAAUUAUGAUAUGUUCAUGGUUUUUUUUGCUCUUCACUAUAUCCAUGUCCUUAGUCUUUUGACCGUUCAGGAGUCUACGGUCUUACGCAGCUUGUAUAAGUAAAUAGCACAAGUGAUCUGAUCCUCUAACAACAGAGGCCCUUAUCCUGUCCCCAAGGACAGGAGCAGCUUCUUUUUUUUGGGUGACAGUGAUCAAUCUAGUUGGCUUGCAUUUUUUUGUUUGUUUCUGAAAUUAGAAACCCCUUGCCUUGCCCCCUUUUCUUUUUCCCCAUCUAACUGCAUAUCACAAUUUUAAGCCUUCUUUUUAAGGUGGUACAACAGUUCUGCAUGGAAAUGGACUCAUAAAUUAAAGCCAGAAAUAGUACUGGCCAUAAAGUAGUUGGUAUAACAUUUUCUCUGCAGUGUUCCUGCUGCUGCUUCAAGACUGACUUGCUUGUCAAAUCACAUAACUUUUUGUUGAGGCUGUGUGUGGCUUUAAGGAUACUUGCAAAGUAGAAAUUGGUACAGGAGCGGGGCUUAAAUUUACAUGUCAUAGUUGUGCCAUUUUCCAACUUCAUUUUUUUCUUUAAAUCUACAACUGUUUUUAGCAGGCUCUACAUGUAGAAGUCGAGGCUACAGGCUCGAACUGAAAGUAUGUAUAAUUUGACCUUCCCUAAUGUGGGAAUUUAACAGUCCUGCUUGGGUUUUCUUCAGUAAUUUCUUCUUUCCCUUCCAUGCGCUUUAUGAUUUUGCUUCCAGAACAAAAAGCACUAGCUCUCUAAAUAUAUUUAUUUUCAUUUUGUAGAUAUUACCUUUUUAACAAAUACACCUGGUAGAAGAGUUUUGGUUUAGAAUCUACUCACAGUCACUUGAGUAUAUGAAAUAUAUUUGCAGUUGUGAACUUUAAUAGCAUAAGCACAUGAAGACUUCUGAAAGGAGUUAAGUAUCUACUUCUAGUCUUUUGUACAACAGAAUUUAAUC